AUGCACAAUUCGAAUACAUUUGGCCGAGUUUCCAUCCUCAUUUGUCUUUUGACCAUCUCAAUCGGCACCCGGGCCCAAGAAUCGCUUUACGAUGGAUGCGGAACAACCAAAGGUUGUUUUGGAACUCCGGAUUCGUGCGUGGAGAGCAAGUCUUGCGACAUCGUGACCACCUAUCUAUACAUCACAGACUUGGAUGCUUACCAAUUCGAAUUGUAUGGAAAUGUAAGUGACCCAACCACCAACUAUUUGGCUAUUGGAUUGUCUGAAAACAGUAAAAUGGGUGACGAUAGCGUGGUUUUGUGUUCCACUCUUAACAACGAGGAACACGUGGAUCAAUAUUGGACGCGAGGUUUUCCUAAAUCCGCUAAAAUCCUGGAUGAACCCAGUCUGGGAAUUUUGGAGAGCACGGUGGCGAUCACAGAUGGGGCGUUUUACUGCAGUUUCGUUCGAGAAGCCGUGACUAAUAUUCCCAAUCCAUAUGCGGACGAAACAACCACUUUUGACUUGAAGGCGAACUUGUAUCAUUUACUGGUGGCAGCUGGUCCCUUCGAUGAGAAUGGCGCGGCGAAAAAACAUUUUGAAAAACGACCGUCACCCGAACCCAUUGAUUUGAAUGAAUUUUCCGAUUGAAUUAAACGAUUACUUUGGAA